AGAAGAGGGAGGGUGUGUAGAAUAAUGCUCUUACUUUUUGCAGAUAAAUAUAAUAAGAAUGUAAAAGGUUACCAUAAGAGACCAAGUGUGUUUUGGUGUAUGCUGUAAGCCAUAACUAUAAGAUAGUUGGGGUCACAGUGGCCUCGAGCGGAGUACAUUGAGUAAUAAUAACAAAAGAGGACGAGACAUAAUACAGUGCGGGUGUUGUGUGAAGACUGCAGUCCCGGUGCGGAAGAAGAAGAGUGUCGCCCAAGAAAGAAAGAAUAAAAGAUGAGGGGAAGAAUAGAUCGGGGCUCACGAGGUCUGACAGUCUAGAGACGCGUGGACAACGUCAGACAAUCUGCUUCCUGUUUACAUUCACAACAGUCAUGUGUGUAAGGUGAUCCAGGCGGUGUUUUUCGGACUGUGCGUCCUGAUCGAUGUGUCCAGUCUGCUGACUAGGGGAGGCGACAGCAGGGAGCAGGAGCGGCAGCUGAAGAAGCUGAUUGGCCUGAGGGACUGGAUGAUGGCCGUGCUGGCCUUCCCUGUCGGAGCGUUUGUGGUGUUCACGUUCUGGAGUCUCUACCUGUACGACAGAGAGCUGGUCUACCCCAAACUACUGGACAACUUCAUCCCUCAGUGGCUCAACCACGGCAUGCACACCACUGUUCUUCCCUUCAUCAUCAUCGAGAUGCGGACCACCCGCCAUCGGUACCCCGGCAGAUCGUGCGGUCUGGCGGCCGUGUGCUGCUUCGGCGUGGGAUACAUCCUCUGGACCUGUUGGGUGCACCAGGUGACGGGCGUGUGGGUGUACCCGGUGCUGGAGCGCAUCACUCCGCUGGCUCGGGUCGCCUUCUUCAGCGCCAUGACGGCGGUGAUUUGUGUUUUCUACACCCUCGGAGAAAUCCUCAACAGCUACAUCUGGGACCAGCCGCACACAGAAAAGUUCAAAGGCGAGUGAUCUCCUCUAAACCGUGGGGGGUGGGUG